CUAUCUCUCCCUCUGCCCUCUGCCCUCCCUUCUACUGGAUAAAUAUUAACACAUAAAUCCCUAUAAAGCGCUGCUCACAUGGACACAGCAACAACACUUCAACAGAGGACAUAUACCAGCCAUCUACAACCUAGAGGACAUCAGCCAGCCAUCUACAAUCUAGAGGACAUCAACCAGCCAUCUACAAUCUAGAGGACAUAAACCAGCCAUCUACAAUCUCUAGGACAUCAGGCAGCCAUCUACAAUCUAGAGGACAUAAAAACCAGCCAUCUACAAUCUAGAGGACAUAAAAACCAGCCAUCUACAAUCUAGAGGACAUCAGGCAGCCAUCUACAAUCUAGAGGACAUAAACCAGCCAUCUACAAUCUCUCUGUGUGUGUAGCUAUGAGGGGAGUUGUCCUUCUCUUCCUGCUGUCUCUCUGGCCUGGAGGCCAGGUGGAUGCUAUCGAUCAAGAUGUAUUGGCUAAUGUGGUACAAGAGAUGAGAAGGUUCGGCCUUGGGGGACGCCAGUAUGCCAUGGCUGUCUUACUCACCAAACAGCAGUGCACCAAAAAUAGAGCAAUCUUUGAUGUAGGCGUGCAACCUCAGGUUGUCCAGAACGCACUUAAUGGUAACAAUGUCUACACAGGAAACCGGCUCAUCGCAGCCACACCUCUUAGAAUAGUCCAGGCUGGCAGAACUAAAACAGACCAUGCUGAGUACCGUCUCUUGAGUGGUGGUAAUACCAACCUCAGCCCAAUGCAGACUCUGAUAAACAGUGCUGGUCUUAAUGAUGGUCAAUGUAUCGUCUUCUUCUCCACCUACUCUCCCUGUCUGGAGAAAUGCAACAACCCUAAUGGACGAAACGAUAUUGUCCCCUUAAUGAACGUCUUUCAAGGCUUUGACAAAAACCGUAAGGCCUUUGUCUUCUCCUCGGUUUGGGACCCUUCAAGGAACCAUCCAGGAGUGACCAACCCCUCUAGGCAGUGGAUGUUUGACUCCUUCAAGAGAAUAGAUGGAUACCUACCUUUAUAUCGAUGUGACAGAUUCAAGGAAAACAAUAAAUGGGUCAACAGAUGUUACCGUUGUGUCACUGCCAACACAAAUCCUGAGACCAAUGACUGUCUGUAUGGAUACUCAUAGUGUACACUGUCUGUGUGGUACUAAUAGUGUACACUGUCUGUAUGGAUACUAAUAGUAUACACUGUCUGUAUGGAUACUAAAAGUGUACAAUAUCUCAAUGGUGAAAAUAUAGAACUGAAUAUUUUCUUUCUCUCUUUCCCUCUCUCUGUCCAUCCCCCUCUCUCUGUCCAUCUCUCUCUCUGUCCAUCUCUCUCUCUGUCCAUCCCUCUCUCUCUGUCCAUCCCUCUCUCUCUGUCCAUCCCUCUCUCUCUGUCCAUCUCUCUUUCUGUCCAUCUCUCUCUCUCUUUCCAUCUCUCUCUCUGUCCAUCUCUCUCUCUGUCCAUCUCUCUCUCUCUGUCCAUCCCCCUCUCUCUUUGUCCAUCCCCAUCUCUCUGUCCAUCUCUCUCUCUGUCCAUCUCUCUCUCUAUCCAUCCCUCUCUCUCUCUCUGUCCAUCUCUCUCUCUCUGUCCAUCUCUCUCUCUGUCCAUCUCUCUCUCUCUGUCCAUCUCUCUCUCUCUCUGUCCAUCUCUCUCCCUCUGUCCAUCUCUCUCUCUCUCUCUGUCCAUCUGUCUCUCUCUGUCCAUCUCUCUCUCUCUGUCCAUCUCUCUCUCUCUGUCCAUCUCUCUCUCUCUGUCCAUCUCUCUCUCUCUGUCCAUCUCUCUCUCUCUCUGUCCAUCUCUCUCUCUCUGUCCAUCUCUCUCUCUCUGUCCCUCUCUCUCUGUCCAUCCCUCUCUCUCUGUCCAUCCCUCUCUCUCUGUCCAUCCCUCUCCCUCUGUCAAUCCCUCUCUCUCUGUCCAUCUCUCUUUCUGUCCAUCUCUCUCUCUCUGUCCAUCUCUCUCUCUGUCCAUCUCUCUCUCUGUCCAUCUCUCUCUCUGUCCAUCCCCCUCUCUCUUUGUCCAUCCCCAUCUCUCUGUCCAUCUCUCUCUCUGUCCAUCUCUCUCUCUCUCUGUCCAUCUCUCUCUCUCUCUGUCCAUCUCUCUCUCUCUGUCCAUCUCUCUCUCUCUGUCCAUCUCUCUCUCUGUCCAUCUCUCUCUCUCUGUCCAUCUCUCUCUCUCUGUCCAUCUCUCUCUCUCUGUCCAUCUCUCUCUCUACACAGUUCAUUAAAGUUCACUAAAGCAGCAA